GUUAUUUAUAGUUAUCUCACUUGCACGCUGAGCAUCAUGCUAACACUUUCACACUCAUUACCGCUAACUAGCGAACACAAACGGCCGAUAAGCAAAUAAACAAAAUCAACCGACCAAAACAAACAUAGUCAGUUAUAGCCGCAGUGAAUUUGGUGGAAAUAGUUAUAAAUUCACAUCUGCGCAGUUUGGCCAAGAAAAUAAUUCGUCGGGAAAAAAUACCUAGUCUUUAUUAAAGUCGUUAUGAAGUUAGUGUUAUUAAAAUGUUAACUAAAGUAUUUUCGAAUUAAGACACCUGUACUACGGUGUAUGAAUCUGUACCUCAAGAAAGUGAUUUUGACGCAGUUGCACAGGAAAAUUUUCAGCACCAGCAGCUGAGUUUAUUGAAGUGGAAGCAGCUUUGAAGUUUGUGGAAGCAGUGACGCUGAUCGUACGCAUAGACCUCUCUGUAUUUUGUUACCAACAGCAGCUUGUACCUGAAAGACGGUUGUGUGGCUUUGGUUAGCAUCUUUCGCUGGCUGUUUGAGAUUUUCAGUUUGUGUUGACGCUUCAGUUCAACUUGUUGCAAUGAUCGUGAUUUGCAUAUUCAUCUCGCUAACGAUCGUCUCGGCUGUGAAUUAUUUUAAGUCGCGUAGAAAACGUGCGCUCAUCACAAAUCUCAGUGGACCACUAGCUCUGCCGCUAAUUGGAUCAGUGCAAAAAUUCUUGCUGCUAACGCCUAAAAAUUUUCUCUCCAAGUCACGCGAAUACCUCAACCAAUUUGGUACGCUCUCACGCUGUUGGGUUUUCGAUCGUCUCUUCAUACUCACCGCUGACUACGAGUUUGUCACGCAGCUGUUAAAUAGCGCAGAUCAUCUGAAUACGGGCUACAACAAUCUUUUGCAACCGGUAUAUGGCGACGGUGUGUUGAGACGAGAUAAUCAAGAGUGGCAACAGCGUCGUCAACUAAUCACGCAUGCGCUGCGACCAGAGGCACUAACAGAUUUUGCGGAGGUGUUUGCAGCGCAAGCGCAAGUGCUGAUCGAGCGGCUGCGUGGAGAAUGCGAUGGCAAAAGCAGCUUCAAUAUACAACCAUAUGUGGAGAGAGCGAUACUUGAUGUGCUGCUAGCAACGGCCGUGGGCGUAGAAGGGAAAGCACAGGUGGAGCUAACGAAGUCAGCGGAUAGCGGAGCGGUGUAUGCUGAAGCAGUUUUGGCGCUCAUUCAACUCUUCACGUCACGUUUUCUUAGUCUACACUCUGCAAAUGCCACAAUCUACAGCAUACUCUGUCCACUGCAGAAGCGACGUCAGAAGCGUCUACUGCAGACGAUCAAUCGCAUAAAUAACGAAAUAAUCGCGGAGCAACGCGCGGCCGCGUCUACUACAGCUGUUGAUAAAUCAAAUGGCGCCAUCUACACAAUCCAAGUGCGUCAGUCACACGUUGAAGCAGCGCAGGCGCAGCAGCAGCGUGACUCACUUUUGAAAGCACUACUUGCGGCUAACAUCGCCGGCGAGUCGCUGAGCAAUGCGGAAAUUUGUGAUGAGCUAAAUACGUUCAUCUUUCAAGGCUGCCUGCUAACACCAGCGGCAAUCUCAUUUGCGUUGGUGAUGAUUUCACGACAUCCCAGCGUACAGCAGAAAGUGCUCGAGGAGCUGUUGCACGUUUGGCCGAAGGGGGUGGCUCGCGAUUUUACAGUAGACAAUUUGAUGAAACUUAAAUAUUUGGAGUGCGUAAUUAAUGAGACGCUAAGACUGUAUCCACCACAGCCGUUAAUAGCGCGCGAUCUAAAGAGGAAUUUCAACUAUACACACUUGCGGUUACGAAAUGCCGUACUACCCGCUGAGUCCGAGAUUUAUAUAAAUAUUUUUGAAAUACUUCGUCAAUCAGAGUGCUUCACGGAUCCAGAAUGUUUUCGACCGGAACGCUUUAGUCCCGCCGAUGCCGUUGAAAAUACAGAAAUGCUCGCAUGGGGCCUUGGUCCACGCAACUGUUUGGCUCAAAGGUACACCAUGCUUUUGAUGAAAUCUGUGAUUGCCCAACUAUUGUUGGCCUAUGAAGUCUUGCCAUUUGGCGAGGAAUUGUGUUUGGAAGUGAAAAUUGUUUUGAGUUCUUCGAGUGGUUGGCAGUUGGCAUUAAAGGAGCGCGAUUACUAGAAUUUUAAGUGUUUAGUUUAUUUUUGUAGUUUUGGUAGUUUAAGUUGGCUUUAAAGGCCCAUACAGGUACAUAAGUAUGCAUGCAUGUAUAUUUGUAUGAUUUGAAUAAAAUGUAUAGCAUAGGCAAUUACUUAAUCACAGCCAAUCAAAAUAUACACUUAUACAUAUAUGGGGCGUUCCAUACCAAAAUGG